CGUACAGCUGCAGAAAAUUACGUCACAGUCAGUCAGAAAAAACAGCCCAUCCUAGAGCAGCCGCUCGUCGUCGAUCCGCCUGGACACAAACCACUUCUUCUUGAGCUUCUUUGAAAACCAACAGAGAGAAUGGACGCCUCAGGCAAAGUGCUGGAGACAGCCGAAGACAUCCAGGAGCGCCGGCAGCAGGUGCUGGACCGCUACCGGCGCUUCAAAGACCUGUCGAUGAUGCGCCGGCAGAAGCUGGAGGACUCUUACCGCUUUCAGUUCUUCCGCCGUGACGCAGACGAGCUGGAGAAGUGGAUCCAGGAGAAGCUGCAGAUCGCAUCUGAUGAGAACUACAAGGACCCCUCCAACCUGCAGGGUAAGCUGCAGAAACACCAGGCCUUCGAAGCUGAAGUUCAGGCCAACUCCGGGGCCAUCAUCAAACUGGACGAGACUGGAAACCUCAUGAUCACCGAGGGACACUUCUCCUCUGAGACCAUUCGAACUCGUCUGGAGGAGCUGCACCGUCUGUGGGACCUCCUGCUGAUGAGGACUAAGGAGAAGGGCAUGCGUCUGCUGCAGGCCCAGAAGCUGGUGCAGUACCUGCGUGAGUGCGAGGAUGCCAUGGACUGGAUCAAUGACAAGGAGGCCAUGGCCACCUCUGAAGAGCUGGGUCAGGACUUGGAGCACGUGGAGGUCCUGCAGAAGAAGUUUGAGGAGUUCCAGACCGACCUGGCUGCUCACGAAGAGCGCGUGAACGAGGUAAACCAGCUGGCCGCCAAACUCAUCCAGGAGUCUCACCCCGAGGCCGAGCUCAUCGUACGCAAGCAGGAGGAGGUGAACACGGCCUGGCAACGCCUGAAGGGUCUCGCCCAGCAGAGGCAGGGGAAGCUGUUCGGGGCGGCUGAGGUGCAGCGCUUCAACAGGGAUGUAGACGAGACCAUCAGCUGGAUCAAGGAGAAGGAGCAGCUUAUGGCCUCUGAUGACUUUGGUCGGGAUCUGGCCAGCGUGCAGGCUCUGCUACGUAAACACGAGGGUCUGGAGAGAGACCUGGCUGCUCUAGAAGAUAAGGUCAACACUCUGGGCGGUGAUGCAGAGCGCCUGCAGCAGACACAUCCUCAAAACGCCUCCCAGAUCCACCUGAAGAAGGAUGAGCUCAUCACCAACUGGGAACAGAUCCGCACUCUGGCUGCCGAGCGCCACGCUCGCCUCAACGACUCCUACAGGCUGCAGCGCUUCACCGCUGACUUCAGGGAUCUGACCAGCUGGGUGACGGAGAUGAAGGCUCUGAUCAACGCUGACGAACUGGCCAAUGACGUGGCUGGAGCCGAGGCUCUGCUAGACCGCCACCAGGAACACAAGGGAGAGAUCGACGCCCACGAGGACAGCUUCAGAGCCACCGAUGAAGCUGGCCAGGCCCUGCUCAACACUGGACACUACGCCUCUGAUGAGGUCAAGGAGAAGCUUGGCAUCCUGUCCGAGGAGAAGGAGUCUCUGCUGGAGCUGUGGGAGGUCCGCAGGCAGCAGUACGAGCAGUGCAUGGACCUGCAGCUCUUCUACAGGGACACGGAGCAGGUCGACAACUGGAUGAGCAAACAGGAGGCUUUCCUCCUGAAUGAAGACCUGGGUGACUCUCUGGACAGCGUGGAGGCUCUGCUGAAGAAGCAUGAGGACUUUGAGAAGUCUCUGAGCGCUCAGGAGGAGAAGAUCACUGCCUUGGAUGAAUUCGCCACCAAACUUAUCCAGAACAACCACUACGCCAAAGAGGACGUGGCCACGCGCAGAGAUGCUCUUCUCAGCCGCCGCAACGCCCUGCACGAGCGCGCUCAGUCUCGCCGCGCCGCCCUGGAGGACUCUUUCCACCUGCAGCAGUUCUUCAGAGACUCUGAUGAGCUCAAGAGCUGGAUCAACGAGAAGAUGAAGACUGCCACUGAUGAAGCCUACAAGGAUCCCUCCAACCUCCAGGGCAAGGUGCAGAAACACCAGGCCUUCGAAGCCGAGCUGUCAGCCAACCAGAGCCGCAUCGACGCUCUGCAGAAGUCCGGCCAGGAGCUGCUGGAUGGGAAACAUUACGCCUCCGAUGAGGUGGCCGGCCGCAUGGAGGAGGUCAGCUCGCAGUGGAAGAAGCUGCUGGAGGCCACAGAGCUCAAAGGCAUCAAGCUGCGUGAAGCCAACCAGCAGCAGCAGUUCAACAGGAACGUGGAGGACAUCGAGCUGUGGCUGUACGAGGUCGAAGGUCACCUGGCCUCAGACGACUACGGGAAAGACCUGACCAGCGUCCAGAACCUGCAGAAGAAACAUGCUCUGCUUGAGGCCGACGUGGCUGCUCACCAGGAUCGUAUCGAUGGCAUCACAAUCCAAGCCCACCAGUUCCAGGACGCCGGACACUUUGACGCCGACAACAUCAGUAAAAAGAAAGAAGCCUUGGUGGUUCGGUACGAGGCGCUCCGUGAGCCGAUGGCCGCACGCAAACAGAAACUGUCCGACUCUCUGAGACUGCAGCAGCUGUUCAGAGACGUGGAGGACGAGGAGACGUGGAUCAGAGAGAAGGAGCCCAUCGCUGCCUCCACUAACAGAGGUAAAGACCUGAUCGGUGUCCAGAACCUGCUGAAGAAGCACCAGGCCCUGCAGGCUGAGAUCACCGGACAUGAGCCCCGGAUCAAGGCCGUGUCACAGAAAGGAGAGGCCAUGGUGGAGGAAGGACACUUUGCUGGAGAGGAAGUGAAAGCUAAGCUGGCUGAACUUCACGGUCGCUGGGACACUCUGAAGGGGAAAGCGUCUCAGAGGAGACAGGACCUAGAGGACUCCCUGCAGGCUCAGCAGUACUUCGCCGACGCCAACGAGGCAGAGUCCUGGAUGAGGGAGAAGGAGCCCAUUGUGGGGAGCCCGGACUACGGCAAAGAUGAGGACUCUGCUGAGGCUCUGCUGAAGAAACACGAGGCCCUGAUGUCUGACCUGAGCGCCUACGGCAGCAGCAUCCAGUCUCUGAAGGAACAGGCUCAGUCCUGCAGGCAACAAGUGGCACCAACCGAUGACGAGACCGGGAAGGAGCUGGUCCUGGCUCUGUACGACUACCAGGAGAAGAGUCCGCGUGAGGUCACCAUGAAGAAGGGAGACAUUCUCACGCUGCUGAACAGCACCAACAAGGACUGGUGGAAGGUGGAAGUGAACGACCGUCAGGGCUUCGUUCCUGCUGCGUACGUGAAGAAGCUGGACCCCACCCAGUCCUCAUCCAGGGAGAACCUUCUGGAUGAGCACGGCAGCAUCGCUCUGCGUCAGGACCAGAUUGAUAACCAGUAUGGCACUCUGUUGGAGCUUGGAGAGAAGCGUAAGGACAUGCUGGAGAAGAGCUGCAAGAAGUUCAUGCUGUUCCGUGAGGCUAACGAGCUGCAGCAGUGGAUCAACGAGAAGGAGGGCGCCCUCACCAACGAGGAGGUCGGGUCCGACCUGGAGCAGGUCGAGGUCCUGCAGAAGAAGUUUGACGACUUCCAGAAGGAUCUGAAGGCCAACGAGUCUCGUCUGAGGGACAUCAACAAGGUGGCUUCUGAGCUGGAGUCUGAAGGUCUGAUGGCCGAGGAAGCUCCCAUGGUUCAGGCUCAGCAACAAGAGCUGCUGGGUUCUGCUCCUGGCAAGGAUGAAGCUGAUUCAAAGACUGCGUCUCCCUGGAAGAAUGUACGCUUGGCUGUACAAACCACGGCUAACUUUAAUACUAUCAAGGAGCUGAAUAAUCGCUGGAGGUCCCUGCAGCAGCUCGCUGAAGAGAGAAGCAACAUGCUGGGGAGUGCCCACGAGGUGCAGCGCUUCCACAGGGACGCUGAUGAAACCAAAGAGUGGAUCGAGGAGAAGAACCAGGCCCUCAACACCGACAACUACGGACACGACCUGGCCAGUGUUCAGGCUCUGCAGCGCAAACAUGAAGGCUUCGAGAGAGACCUGGCUGCCCUGGGCGACAAGGUUAACUCUCUUGGGGAGACCGCAGAGCGUCUGAUCCAGUCUCACCCCGAGGCCGUGGAUGACAUCCAGGAGAAAUGCACAGAGCUGAACACGGCGUGGAGCAGCCUGGUGGGACGAGCUGACCAGCGCAAGGACAAACUGGGCAACUCCCAUGACCUGCAGCGCUUCCUGUCUGACUUCAGAGAUCUGAUGUCCUGGAUUAACGGCAUCCGAGGGCUGGUGUCCUCAGAGGAGCUUGCCAAAGAUGUGACCGGAGCUGAGGCUCUUCUGGAAAGACACCAGGAGCACCGCACAGAGAUCGAUGCCCGUGCAGGAACCUUCCAGGCCUUCGAGCAGUUCGGGCAGCAGCUGCUGGUGCGCGGCCACUACGCCAGCCCUGAGAUCCAGCAGAAGCUUGAAGCUCUGGACAGCGAGCGUGCCGACCUGGAGAAGGCCUGGGUGCAGCGCCGCAUGAUGCUGGACCAGUGUCUGGAGCUGCAGCUCUUCAACAGAGACUGCGAGCAGGCUGAGAACUGGAUGGCGGCUCGUGAAGCGUUCCUCGCCAGCGAUGACAAAGGAGACUCUCUGGACAGUGUGGAGGCUCUCAUCAAGAAACACGAAGACUUCGACAAAGCCAUCAAUGUGCAGGAGGAGAAGAUCGCCGCUCUGCAGUCCUUUGCAGAUCAGCUGAUUGGAGCCGACCAUUACGCCAAACCUGAGAUCUUAAACCGCCGUCAGGAAGUCCUGGACAGGUGGCGUCGUCUGAAGACUCAGAUGAUCGAGAAGCGCUCCAAGCUGGGAGAGUCUCAGACUCUGCAGCAGUUCAGCAGAGACGUGGACGAGAUCGAAGCCUGGAUCAGCGAGAAGCUGCAGACUGCAACCGAUGAGUCCUACAAGGACCCCACCAACAUCCAGCUGUCCAAGCUGCUGAGCAAACAUCAGAAACAUCAGGCGUUCGAGGCCGAGCUGCACGCCAACGCUGACCGAAUCCGUGGAGUCAUCGACACCGGUAAUGCUCUGAUCCAGAGAGGAGCGUGUGCAGGCAGCGAGGACGCCGUGAAGGUCCGUCUGAACGCUCUGGACGAGCAGUGGCAGUUCCUCGUCAACAAAUCUGCAGAGAAGAGUCAGAAACUAAAGGAGGCCAACAAACAGCAGAACUUCAACACGGGCAUCAAGGACUUUGACUUCUGGCUCUCUGAGGUGGAGGCUCUGCUCGCCUCUGAGGACUACGGCAAAGAUCUGGCUUCAGUCAACAACCUGCUGAAGAAGCACCAGCUGCUGGAGGCCGAUAUCUCUGCACACGAGGACCGUCUGAAGGAUCUGAAUGGUCAGGCCGACAGCCUGAUGGGCAGCAAUGCCUUCGACACCUCGCUGGUGAAGGACAAACGUGACGCCGUCAACGGACGUUUCACCAAAAUCAAGAGCAUGGCUGCAGGCCGCCGCGCAAAACUCAACGAGUCCCACCGCCUGCACCAGUUCUUCAGGGACCUGGAUGAUGAAGAAUCGUGGAUCAAAGAGAAGAAGCUGCUUGUGAGUUCGGAGGACUACGGACGUGAUUUGACAGGAGUACAGAAUCUGAGGAAGAAACACAAGAGACUGGAGGCCGAGCUGGGAGCCCACGAGCCGGCUAUCCAGUCGGUGCUGGACACCGGGAAGAAACUGUCCGAUGAUAACACCAUCGGUCAGGAGGAGAUCCAGCAGAGGCUCGCCCAGUUUGUCGACCACUGGAAGGAACUCAAAGACUUAUCUGGAGCGAGGGGAAAGAGGCUGGAGGAGUCGCUGGAGUACCAGCAGUUUGUGGCGAAUGUGGAAGAAGAAGAAGCUUGGAUUAAUGAGAAGUUGAAUCUGGUGGGAAGCGAGGACUAUGGAGACACGCUGGCCGCUGUGCAGGGCCUGUUGAAGAAGCAUGAAGCCUUUGAAACGGACUUCACCGUGCACCGAGACCGAGUGAACGACGUGUGCGCUAAUGGAGAGGAGCUCAUCAAGAAGAACAACCAUCACGUGGACAACAUCAGCGCUAAGAUGGCCGCUCUGCGAGGGAAAGUGUCGGAGCUGGAGAGAGCCGCCGCUCAGAGGAAGGCCAAGCUGGACGAGAACUCCGCCUUCCUGCAGUUCAACUGGAAGGCCGAUGUGGUCGAGUCCUGGAUCGGCGAGAAGGAGAACAGCCUGAAGACAGACGACUACGGCAGAGACCUCUCCUCUGUUCAGACUCUGCUCACCAAACAGGAGACGUUCGAUGCCGGUCUGCAGGCCUUCCAGCAGGAGGGAAUCACCAACAUCACGGCCCUGAAGGACCAGCUGCUCGCCGCCCAGCACGUCCAAUCAAAGGCCAUCGAGGCUCGUCACGCUGCCCUGAUAAAGCGCUGGAAUCAUCUGCUGUCCAACUCUGCAGCACGCAAGAAGAAGCUGCUGGAGGCUCAGGACCACUUCAGAAAGGUCGAGGACUUAUUCCUGACCUUCGCUAAGAAAGCGUCGGCCUUUAACAGCUGGUUCGAGAACGCGGAGGAGGAUCUUACCGACCCAGUGAGGUGUAACUCUCUGGAGGAGAUCAAGGCGCUGCGCGAAGCUCACGAGGCGUUCCGCUCCUCGCUCAGCUCAGCUCAGGCGGACUUCAACCAGCUGGCCGAGCUGGACCAGCAGAUCAAGAGCUACCAGGUGGUGUCCAACCCAUACACCUGGUUCACCAUGGAGGCUCUGGAGGAGACCUGGAGGAACCUGCAGAAGAUCAUCAAGGAGCGAGAGCUGGAGCUGCAGAAGGAGCAGAGGAGGCAGGAGGAGAACGACAAGCUGCGUCAGGAGUUCGCUCAGCACGCCAAUGCCUUCCACCAGUGGCUGCAGGAGACGAGGACGUAUCUGCUGGACGGGUCGUGUAUGGUGGAAGAAUCAGGAACCCUGGAGUCUCAGCUGGAGGCCACUAAGCGUAAGCACCAGGAGAUCCGGGCCAUGCGCAGCCAGCUAAAGAAGAUUGAAGACCUGGGAGCGGCCAUGGAGGAAGCACUGAUCCUGGACAACAAAUACACAGAGCACAGCACAGUGGGUCUGGCUCAGCAGUGGGACCAACUGGACCAGCUGGGGAUGAGGAUGCAGCACAACCUGGAGCAGCAGAUACAGGCCAGGAACACCACUGGAGUGACAGAAGAGGCUCUGAAGGAGUUCAGCAUGAUGUUCAAGCACUUUGACAAAGAGAAGUCGGGCCGUCUGAACCACCAAGAGUUCAAGUCCUGUUUACGCUCGCUGGGUUACGACCUGCCUAUGGUGGAGGAAGGAGAACCAGAUCCGGAGUUUGAGUCCAUACUCGACACGGUGGACCCCAACAGGGAUGGAAACGUGUCGCUGCAGGAGUACAUGGCAUUCAUGAUCAGCCGCGAGACGGAGAACGUGAAGUCGAGCGAGGAGAUUGAGAGCGCCUUCAGAGCCCUGAGCACCGAGAACAAACCCUACGUCACUAAAGAAGAGCUGUACCAGAACCUGUCCAAGGAGCAGGCCGACUACUGCCUGUCGCACAUGAAGCCGUACCUCGACAGUAAGGGCCGCGAGAUGCCGUCGGCCUUCGACUUCGUGGAGUUCACCCGCUCGCUGUUCGUCAACUGAUCCCCGCCCCCCAGUGACCAAUCGGGACGCGUUUUCCCUCACACACUUCGACACGGCUGAAACUGCAUGAUCGUGGCACUACUCACUAAUAACAACUCUCUGUCCUAUUUAUCGCUCUGCCCUAACUCUGUGUGCUUCUCAUGAUAGUGGAUCUGUCUGCAUUUGAAUGUGAUUGUUUUAGCUGGUUUAGCUUGUGCUUUCGAUGAAUUUAAGAACCUCGUAUUAACAAACACGUUGUAACAACACCUGAACAACUGAGUGUGCUUUAAUAAACGCUACUGGUUAGAACUGGAAA